AUGGAUAUAGUAAAACGUAUAUUUAGAUAUACAAUAAAGAUUUCAUUAAGUUUAACAAUAUCUAUAUUUAUUACAAAACAAAUAUAUCAACUUAUCUUUCCUGAAUCUAACAAAACAAAAAAAAGACAAUUAAUAGCAAAAGAAAUUUUGAAAGCUUUAGGAAUAAAUAAUCCACCUGAGUUAACAGAUAAUGAAUCUAUUAUUUUAAUAAAUUUUAUUUCUACCACAAACAAAAUAACUUUUAAUGAAAUUAUUGGGUAUAAAAACAUAAAAACAAUUAUUAGACGAAGAAUUAUUUAUCCAUUAUUACUUAGUUGUGUAAAUAAAACAAAUAACUUUUUAAAUCCACCUAUGGGUGUAUUAUUUUAUGGACCUCCUGGAAAUGGUAAAACAAAAUUUUCUCAAGCACUUAUAUUAGAAAGUGGAUGUAGAUUUUUAAAUAUUGAUAUGUCUAAAAUAAUGAAUAAAUUAUUUGGAGAAUCACAAAAAUUAAUAAAUGCAUUAUUUUCUUUAGCAAAAAAAUUAGAACCAGUAAUUUUAUUUAUUGAUGAGAUAGAAAGUUUUUUUAGAGUAAGAAAGGCAACUGAUAAUGAAUGCAUGAUUAAUUUUAAAGCUUAUUUUUUAUCAAAAUGGGAUGAGUAUAUACAAAACAAUUCUAAAAUUGUUAUUGUAGGUUCAUCAAAUAUGCCAAAAUUGAUUGAUCCUGCAAUAUUAAGAAGACUUUCUGUUAAAAUUUUUAUAGAUUUACCUAAUGAAGAAACAAGAAUUGAUAUAUUAAAAAGUUUAUUACCAUGUGUUUUCACAAAUCCUGAAAUAAUAAAUGAUAUAAAAAUUAAAACUCGAAACUUAUCAUGUUCAGAUCUAAUAGAAAUUUGCCGAAAUACUGUUUCUGACAAAAUUAAUGAUAAAUUAGAAAGUAAUUUUGAUUAUUUAAAUCAAAAAGAAUCUGGUAGUUUUAAUUAUAAAGAAACAAUUAAAUAUAAUGAAUUUUAUUUUGCAUUAAACAAAUUUUUGAAUGAAAAAAUUUAA